AUGGCGUCUCUACUUUUCUUUACGGUGUUGAACCUAACACUGGCUCUUCUAUCAUCUACUGCCACAGGAGCAGCUGUCCCUGUCUCGCGACCCACAGACGAUUCGAGAUAUAUAGAUUUCGACGCUGCUGAAUGGCGUCCAAAAGCAAAACGAGAUGAUGCCCCGAAAGUCCCUCUACGGAUCCUCCCUCUUGGCGCAUCCAUCACCUGGGGAUACCUAUCCUCAACCGGCAAUGGAUAUCGCAAGCCUCUCCGUGACAAACUCCGCUUUGAAGGCUGGGAAGUGGACAUGGUGGGCAGUAAGUCCAACGGUGACAUGGUAGACAAUGAUGUAGAAGCCCACAGCGGCGACGUGAUAACGCAAGUGCAAACCGCGGCCGCAAACUCGCUCGCCUACAAGCCGAAUGUCGUGCUGAUCAACGCCGGCACCAACGACUGCGACUACAACGUCGACCCUGCGAACGCCGGCGAGCGCAUGCGCUCCCUGAUCGAAACCCUAAUCGGCGCCCCGGAUAUGGCCAACACGCUCAUCGUCCUGUCGACCCUGAUCCCCUCGGGCUCCACAACCCUCGAAGCUAACAGGCCCUCCGUCAACGCACAGUUCCGCGAGCUGGUCCUUGACAUGCGCGAGGCGCAGAAUGUCUCCAUCGUCCUGGCCGAUAUGGAUCCGCCGGCUCCCAGCCCCGGAAACAACUGGAUCGCGUACCCUGAUAACUUCGCCGAUAACAAGCACCCCAACGACUACGGGUACUCCCAGAUGGCAGACAUCUGGUAUAACGCGAUCUACAACGCUGCGGUGGCGGAGCUCAUUGUCAAGCCGGCGGACCUUGACAUCUCAUCCACGGGGACCUGUGACAAAGAGUAUGGGAGCGGAGUCUACGCUGGCGGGUUCACGCAGCAAGGGAGUGGUGAGGAUGACGGAAUCUAUCGACACGACAGCGAGUAUAGCGGGGCGUUGUUUACUGUCCGCGCCGGCAAGGGUGCAGCAGAUCCAUACAAGGAUGACGACGAGCUGCACUUUUUCUUCGGGAGGCUUUAUACUAGGGCGUAUGAUGACAUGAUGAUCUUCCACAAGGAUAACGACUCCGGCGCGGUGACGUUUCUUUCUUACACGAAUAAUGUCCACACUGAGGAGCAGGAGUUUACGAAGGGUGGGACGUUCUCGACUCAUAAUAAUUGUAACCCGGGGGGUGUGCAUUUUAUCGACAUCAACGGCGACGGACUUGAUGACUACAUCUGCAUCGCCUUGGACGGGACUACCUACGCAAGCAUCAACAAUGGAGACGGCGACGCCAAGAGCAACAAGCCUCCAUCCUUCACCGAUAUCGGACUAUGGAAGACUCCCGAAGGAUACGAUCAGGCACAUGUACGCCUUGCUGAUAUCGACGGCGACGGCCGCGCCGACUACUGCGGUUUGGCUGACAACGGCGACGUCACAUGCUGGCGAAAUGGAUGGAUCGAAGACAUCCCCGCAUACUGGCAGCCGCUGGGCAAGCGCUUCACGGGGAAAGGCAUGGGGGACCUGCGCGGCGUGCGAUUCGAGGAUAUCAACGGCGACGGGCGCGAUGACUGGAUGUGGGUUGAUGACGAUGGCGCUACGACAACAUACACCAACUCCCGGAGCUGCAUCAAAGGAGAGUCUGGUGACGGGUUGAACGUCGUGUGGCGCCAGGGGUUCUACCAGGAUGCUAACUCUGGCCCGUCGCAUCCCGGAAUGGGAGGGAUAUUCGGGACAUCCGGAUUACGGGAUCAGGUCUACUUUGCGCGACUCUAUGGCGAGGUGGCGGAUUUUGGAGAGCUCGGGAGACAGGACUAUGUGUUCAUCAAGAAGGAUACCUCUGACAAGUAUUUUGGGCCGCUGUAUUACGUUCAUGUGUGGAAGAGCAAGGGCGCAGGAGGGGCUAAGAUCAAAGCCGACGGAGACAGGUAUUGCAAUAUGAUGGGCCACGACAAUGGUAUGAUGGACUACGUUUGGAUCCAUUCAACCGGCCAUAUGCGUCUUUAUCCGAAUCGGGGCCUGGUUGAAGUCCCCACCGACGGGUCGAGCUUCUGGGGAGCGAAUGAGAUUAUCUUCGACCCCCAAGAGCAGAUUGGCAUGAAGCUUGACCGGCGCGAUCUGCAUCUCGCAGACUGGGACGGCGACGGAGCCUGCGAUAUAAUCUGGACGGAUCCCGACAAUCUGAACAGGGUCCAAGUUUGGCGGAACAAGAUCAAAGACACGGGGAGUUUUGACUGGGAGUACAAUAUCAAUGCUGCAGAUGAGCUUUACUGCCCCGAGCACCGAGGGCUUGGUUUCUUUGACCGGCCGGUCCAUUUUGCUGAUGUUUCUGGCAACGGCAAGGCCGAUUACCUGUGCGUUGAGAAGGACGGCCGCACCUGGGGCUGGGUCAAUGGGGACGAUGGAUGGGAGUACAUUGAUCAAUUCAAGUACUCCGAGGAGAAGGACAGGGCGAAUCUGCACUGGGCCGAUGUUAAUGGCGACGGAAAGGCCGAUAUGAUCUGGACAGACAAGUUCUCGGGAGACGGGUCGGUGUGGUACAACCUUGGCCGACGUGAUAUCAAGGGAUCGCGAUACGAAUGGGGACCGCAGGGUCCCAAGUACCGAGGCGCGGUUGAAGGCUCAUGCACUUAUUUCCCUGAUCUGAACGGCGACGGUCGUGCAGACAUGCACAGCAUCUGGAACUCCAUAAACAACACAGCGCAGACAUGGUACAACGAAUGUGCCACCAAAGAUCACACAGGCGAUGACGGCCCGAUAACUGACCCCAAUCUACCUGUAUCUCCUGAAACAGCCCCCAUCGAGCUCACCCCUCAUUAUCAAGACAACAGCGAGUGCACUAGGGCCCAGGUCCAGACGAUCUUUGAAGAAAUGCAAUAUGCACUUGAUGCUGCGUCGGAAGUUGCGUACUUCAGCGAGGGCGCAUACUACCCAUAUAGGGACAUCUUCUUUGCCGAAUCACUCACCGACAGCUCGGUCUUCAUUACGAAUAUAGGGCAUACGUUCGACCGGAUGGUCACCAUGGUUUCUGGGUCUUCGGAAUUCGACGACGCAAAGUUCACGAUCACUUGCAAAAACCUUCGGGGAUGUGACGAGAACGGCUGGUUUGCCAUGAUGAACAAUAAGAAUCGGCUUAAUUUCUGCCCAAGGUUCUUCACAGAUGUCUACCUGAAGAGUUCCAGGUUGCUUUGCCCAGACCCAAAUAACCUCGGGCAAGAAGGCAUCUGUGACAGCAAGUUGUCCGCCUACAAUGCGGAUUCAUGGGCUCUUGUCGUAGUUGGCGGGUACUAUACCAAAAUAUGUGGUCGACAGAUUCCCCUUCCUGAGGAGUCCUCUUCGGCGGCGGAUGACUACAGCUGUCCGGCCUACGAAGAUUCAUCUUAUGAUGCUGACGCUGUGUACGGUGUCAAUGAUUAUGUUCACUUUGGUGACUCCUACGCGGCCGGGAUGGGUACAGGAACCACAACCGGUGACAGUUGCCGCGUGGGAAGUAACAGCUACGGCGAGCUUGUCCAGGAGUGGUUUGAUACUGAGGAUUUUACUUAUACCAACUAUGCAUGCUCGGGGGAUACAACGGUUGGACUGAAUAAAAAGAUUGACCAAUGGCUAGGACAGAACCCCACGGGGACUACCAUGGCAACCCUGACAAUUGGAGGGAACGAUGUGUUCUUCAGCGAUCUGGUUUCCAACUGUGUGCUAACAAUGUGGUGGUACUCGCUCGAACAAUACCGCCAGUGGUGUCUGGAGACUGAAGAGAAAGCCCGCAACCUGAUGCAGGAUACAGGGUCUGACGGGCUCGGCGCGAAACUUAGGGCUGCAUAUGAAAAGAUCUUGGACGGAUCUGGCUCUAGCUCGUUCAACCUCUACGUCCCUGGCUAUGUCACCUUCUUCAACGAAGACACCACCGACUGCGACUCAACCACCUUCUGGUACGAAAGCCCACACUACGACCCGCAGCAAUCCGGCAACUAUGUAUGGCUCACGACCGACCUACGCAAGGAACUCAACGACCUCGUCCGCAUGCUCAACUCGCUAAUCCAAUCCACCAUUUCCGACAUCAACACCGCCCGAAAUACGGAGCAGAUCCAUUACAUCGAUAUGGACGCGCGAUUUGACGGCCACCGCUGGUGCGAGCCCGGAACCCAAGAACCAGACCCCGACAACCCAAACACUUACUUCUUCCUAUCCGCAUGGCCCGAUAUCGCGAUUGUUGGAGACACGACAGCCGAGAGCACGAACGCGACCGAGACAGACGAAAUUACCGCGCUUAUGAACUCCGGAUCGAUCCAGCUGCCCGAUGCGGAUACGUGCCAGGAUGCGCUGGGAUCGGACCCGGAUCCCUAUGCGGUUUUCAUGUGUGACGUUGCGGUCCACGUCAAGGCGAACUCGUCGAGUUUGAUUGCGCAGAGCUUGGACCGAGCGAAUCAGGCCAUUGCCAAUAGGGACUAUAGUAGCCAGGAUGUCUCUUGGUGGUUGCCUACCAGGCAGAUUAAAACGUUUCAUCCUAGGAGUCCGGGGAUGAUGUUCUAUGCGGGCGCUGCAGUGGGUGAGAUGUUGAGUAAUUGGGGUUUUGAUUAG